AUGGAUAUCUCGACUGUCAAUGUUAAACAGGAUCUCCCAUAUGAGACCUACAGAGAAACCACCAUUGCCGAGCUCGAGGGAUCAUCAUACGCACGAAGCUCUUCGGACUCUGAGCCGCCACCAUACGAAGACAUCCUAGUCAAGCAACAGCAAGCCCUGACUCUGGAAAGCUCGGCUAGCAUCAGCAAUGCCAAAAGAAUCAUCGCAAUUCCCUCCACAAACGCAGACGUGGGAUCUGCGUUUUUACGAGCCUACCCGCCCGCAUUGGCCAAUUCGAACAUUUCAAAAGUCGAGUUUUUGGACUUUUUAGACCAGCUUAACCGCAACAUUGUCCAAAGCCCACCGCUGCGCCUCCUCGGAGCUGCUUCAGACAUUGUUGGAUUCGUGCCUGAACCCACUGCCCAAAUUGUUUCUACGGCCGCUAGUCUUAGUGCCAUGGUUGGAACUUAUGCCAUGUCAAAGAUUCGAUCCGAGGUUGUCAUUCGCCAGGCAAACAAGGAAAUCUUCAAUCCUAGAGGUCUGGAAGUGCAGAUUGUCAAGUUGAAGACAAUCGCCAAGCUCACCAACAUGCCAAUCUUGAACGAAAAGGGAGACGUGAACAAAAAGUCGCCUAUUCUAGAAUCUCUCCAAAGCCUGGCGGAGGCCAACGAGCUCAAGACCAUCAGUGCACAAGAACGCCGCCUGAGGGCUCUCGACCAAUGGAUCUCACCUCUUGACAUCGAAGAGCUCCCGCCGGUUGCUAAUCCAUCCAACGUCCUGAGCAAGGUGGAUGUGUACAUUAGCGAAGCGGAGCGAAAGUCUGCAGAGAAGUCUAUGCUCAAAAAGAGAGUCAAGGUGAACGACAAACACGACAAAGCGACCCAGAAAGCGCUCGAGAAGUACGAAAAUUCCUUGGAGCGAUAUAAUGAGAAGAAGGAGGGCAUUGAUGUCGACGAUCGCCGAGCAAACAGAGAUCUGGAACGGCUUGAAGAGCGCCGAUAUAGGGCACAGCAGAAAUAUGAGAAGGAGAAGGAGAAGGCAGAAAAGAAUUACCAAAAGAAGGACAGAGAAGAGAGGAGCCUCAGAAGAAUUGGCUUUCUUGUGGUUGUCCCCAAGGGCAAAGACAUCUGA